ACGUCCCGGUCAUCGUCAAUCAGUUGGUUGUGCUUUCGCAGCGAGUGCAGACGCGAAUUGCUGUUUCCAAACUAGUCGAGCCGUGCAGCCCUAACUGGUGGCAUUUAUUGUAACCCAAUUAAGUUCCGAGUUCGAUUUGCAUUAUCGGGCACUUGUUGCUGUUUGUUGUCGCUACCAGUCUUACAGUGUGUGUCAAGUGAUUUUUCAUUGAAGAAUUUCAACUAUUUAUUUCUUUUAAACGCGAACCCAAGGAGCAAUUACAAUGGCAUCCAAGAUGAAGAAGGAAAAGAUUGGAAUCAUUGGAAGCGGCCUGAUUGGCAGAUCAUGGGCGAUGCUGUUCGCCGGUGUUGGCUACCAGGUCACCAUUUUCGAUAUCAUCCCCGAGGUGGUCGAGAAAGCCCUCCAGCUGACCCAGGAUGAGCUGAACAGCCUGGAACGGCAGGGAUUGCUUCGGGGAACGUUGACCGCCGCCGAACAGUUCGCCUGCAUUCGCGGAUCGCACAAUCUGAAGGAAACCGUCGACGGCGCUCUGUUCCUGCAGGAGUGUGUUCCGGAAAAUUUGGAUCUGAAGAAAAAGCUGUACGGCGAUUUGGACAAGGUUGUCGGAUCCGAUACGAUCAUUUCCAGCUCGACCAGCACGUUUAUGCCAUCGUUGUUUAGCAAGGAUUUGAAACACAAAGAUCAGGUUCUUGUUUCCCACCCAGUGAACCCUCCGUACUACGUGCCGCUAGUAGAGAUCGUACCAGCACCAUGGACCCGUCCGGAGUUCACCGCCAAAACUCGAGAGCUGAUGACCGAAAUCGGACAGAAACCGGUUACGCUAACGCGGGAGAUCGAAGGCUUCGCCCUGAACCGCAUUCAGUACGCCAUCCUGAAUGAAACCUGGCGCCUGGUGGCGGACGGUAUUCUGAGCGUCAAGGACAUCGACAGUGUUAUGUCCGACGGGCUGGGAAUGCGCUACGCCUUCCUGGGUCCACUGGAAACGGCCCAUCUGAACGCCGAAGGUAUGCUCAGCUAUUGCGAUCGGUACUGUAACACGAUCUACGCCGUUAGUCAAACGAUGGGAGCUACUCCGAGAAUGGAGGGUCCAGUGGCACAACAGGUGGCCAAGGAAUUGGAAGAGAUGGUACCACUGGAUAAGCUCCCGGAGAGACGAGCAUGGCGAGAUGCUUGCCUGACCAAACUGGCCCAGUUGAAGAAAACUAUUUAAGAGGGAUGAGGGAUUCGCUGUGAAUGUGUGGAAGUUUCUUGGAAUAAAUACGUGCUAAACUGAGCUUGA